CAGCAAACCAGCAUACCUCUGGUCCCUGGUUACACCCUGCAAAUUAUUCCCCGUCAAAGGGCAUCUCACCAGCCAGUAACCUGGACUGGCCUAGGAUUGGUCAGAGUGUUCGAGGGGGUGGGGCUUAGAUUUACUGUGGACAACCUCCCAUCUUCGACUGAUUACCAGCUGGCGAUUUCCUAUGAACCAGAGUCUGCAUCUGAUUGGAUGGCUAUAGUCAGUAUCGGCAAAGUGUCACCAGGCGAUGGUGGCUGCAGCAGCAAUCCAACAGGAAGUAAAACUGUGAUUCUACCUGGAAACUCCAGACGAGGUAUUCUGGACUCUUUGCUCUGUCUAAAUGCUGGAGGUCAAUAUUUUGUGGAUGUCACCUUUUACAAACAGCCCAGAUCUGAUAGUUCACACAUCCUAAUUGACUCGAUUAUUCUUUUUAAUAGAAUCAGGUCAGUCCAAAAUUUCUGCUCUCAGAGCGACCUCGACACUUUUCACCAGUUUCCCUGUACUGGAUUGGCUGUCAAGCCUGGCCCUCAGGAGUCGCUACCUGAAGUCUGCGAGGGACUCAUCGUGAGCCUUUCAGCACAAAUCCACAAUGGAGCUGUCCUAUGCAGGUGUAAUGUUAUUGGCUCUACUGAACCAUUCUGCAGUAAACUGGGUGGAUUUUGUGACUGUAAGGCCAAUGUGAUUGGUCGUUGCUGCGAUGCCUGUGCCCCAAUGACGUUUGGCUUUGGACCUGAAGGUUGCAAACGAUGUGAUUGUGACCCCCAUGGCUCUGUGUCAGAGCUGUGCGAUCAGGUCAGCGGUCAGUGUGCAUGCCGUUCAGAGAUUACGGGUCAGCGCUGCAAACGCUGUCAGAUGGGAUUCUGGAGAUUCCCUUCAUGUCGAUCGUGUGAAUGUAAUGGGCUAUCAGAGGUGUGUGAUGGAUUUACCGGAGACUGUCUGAACUGCAGGGAGCACACUACUGGACCCAGCUGUGAAAGGUGUGUUGAGGGUUACUAUGGUGACCCAAGCUCCAGACAGGCCUGUCAGCCAUGUUUGUGUCCAGAUGUUCUGAGCAGUGGACGAUUCUUCGCCACUUCCUGCCAGCAUGACCCACAGUCCCUCAGGCUCAUCUGUAAGUGCCAGGAGGGGCACACAGGUGUAAGCUGUGACAGCUGCAGCCCUGGUUUCUAUGGUGAUCUGACAUUGCCAGGUGCAGUCUGUAAAGAGUGUCCCUGCAACAACAACAUCGACCCUGAUGAUCCCAACUCAUGUAACAGCACAACAGGAGAGUGUCUACACUGCCUUCACAACACAAUUGGCCUGCACUGCCAACACUGCAAAUCUGGCUACCAUGGCAACGCCUUAAACCAGGACUGCAAAGAAUGCUCCUGUGAUCGACGGGGGACUCAGGAGACUCGGUGUCCUCUGGGGAGACCCUGUUUCUGUGAUCCCAGGACAGGACAGUGUCCCUGUAGGACAGGUGUGAUAGGUAAACUCUGUGAUGAAUGUGAGGACAGAUACUGGAAUCUGAACAUAGCCUCGGGAUGUCAGCCCUGCAGCUGUGACCUCAUCAAAUCUAUCUCCAACAUCUGUGACAAGGUAACUGGACAUUGUCCAUGCCAUCCUGAGUUUGGAGGAAGGCACUGUGAUGAAUGCAGAGAAAAUCAUUUUAGGAAUCCAGACCUGCAGUGUAUCUGUGAGUAAUAUUUCAAUGUUUCCUUUAAGUGGACAAUUCUUCUUUUCUUUUCU